AGAUAUAGUUAGUGGUAUAAAUAUUUAGUGAUAAAAUUGUUUAUAAUUAAAUCAAAGUCAUAUAUUUGACCACCAAUUAUGUCAAUCAGUGACAACAACAACAACACCAAUAACAAUGAACUCAUGUUUACGGCGGGUAGUCGUGUCUCGUGUCUAACCAUAAGUGAUGAGAUGUUCACUGGUAUAGUCAUGGCCUACGACUAUCGGUAUCGUAUAUUAACAAUCAAGAGUGUGUCGGACGAUGGUCUCAACAGACACUGUAACAUGACUUUUGUAAAUCUUGAUAAUGUAAAACAAGUGACCAUUUUAUCGGCUGUCAAACCCGAGAUGGCGGCCACUAGUAAUCUGUUACCACUAAUGACUGACUGCAUUCAGUAUCGGCUCAAUCAGGCCAUCAAUGAUCGCCGAAAUGUUCACAAAGCAUUUGUCUCUGGUAUAAGUGAUUUCGGUAUUCAAUUGUUUUUGUAUUUUUAUAAGAUCUUCGAUAAAAGUGGUGUUAAUCUUGCGGACAAAGAUAUAGUAGUUAACGGAAUGGUCAAAAUCAGACCACCCUAUCAAUUGAAGGACUGUUCAAAUAUGACUUGUGAGCCCUAUAUCGAGACUACAGCCCUACGAUAUGUGCGAAAACAUUUAAACAAUUUUUUGUCUAAACAUUAA